UGAAAAACUCGCCCUUGUUUUUCUAUUUCUGCCCCUUCAAUUUUCGCAUCAUACUGUUAGCGUUAAUUAACAUUUUCCCUUCUCUAUAUGGUCUUUGCUUUCAUCCAUAAUCCCUUUGAGGUCUGUUCUUCAAUGGCAGCUGCAGAAGCCCAAGAAGCCUCCUCUUCAACGGCUUCAUGUUCUUACCAUGUCUUCUUGAGUUUUAGAGGUGGAGACACCCGCAAGAAUUUUACCGAUCACCUCUAUACAGCUCUGGUUCAACAAGGAAUCCACACAUUCCGGGACGACGAUGAAAUCCAAAGAGGAGAGAACAUUGAGUUAGAAAUUCAAAGAGCAAUAAGAGAGUCAAAGUUAUCCAUAAUUGUACUUUCAAAAGACUAUGCUUCUUCAAGAUGGUGCCUAGACGAGCUUGUGAUGAUCAUGGAACGCAGAAGACUUGUUGGGCAUGUUGUGGUUCCAAUUUUCUACGAUGUGGAUCCAUACCAAGUCAGAAACCAGGCAGGAAGAUACGGUGAAGCGUUUGCUAGGCAUGAAAAGGACUUCAAGGAGGACAUGGGCAGAGUUGAGCAGUGGAGGGAAGCUCUAAGAGAAGCUGCAGAUCUGGGAGGGAUGGUUCUACAAGAUGGGUACGAAUCUCAGUUUAUUCAAAACAUUGUAAGAGAGGUUGAGAACAAAUUGAGUCGGACAGUGCUCGAUGUCACUCCCUGUUUAGUUGGAAUGGAUUCUCGUAUAGCACGAAUUAAUCAAUGGUUGCAAGAUGGGUCGGAUGAUGUUGAGAUAGCUACAAUCUAUGGGAUUGGUGGCAUUGGGAAAACAACCAUUGCCAAGAUAGUUUAUAAUCUAAACUUCAACAAAUUUGAUGGAAGAAGCUUUCUCGCAAAUAUCAGAGAAACUUCCGAACUACCCAAUGGCCUGAUUCGAUUGCAGAGGCAACUUCUUUCUGAUCUAGUAAAGGGAAAAACAAGCAAAAUAUACAAUGUUGAUGAAGGGAUUACUAGGAUCAGAGAUGUUUUGUACGGCAAAAGAGUUCUACUCGUUCUUGAUGAUGUUGAUGAUGUGGACCAAUUCAAUGCAAUAGUUGGAAUGCGGGAAUGGUUUCAUCCAGGAAGCAAAAUUAUUAUAACAACAAGGCAUGAGCAUUUACUAAGAUUUAUUUUCAGGUUUGAAGUUAAGGAAUUGGAUGAUAAAGAAUCACUUCGGCUCUUAAGUUGGCAUGCCUUUGGCCAAGAUCAUCCUGCGGAUGGCUACCAGAAGCAUUCUGAAAACGUGGCUCGUCAUUGUGGUGGACUCCCUUUAGCACUUCAAGUCUUGGGUUCUUCUUUAUCUGGCAAAACUACAAUUGUUUGGGAAAAUGCAUUACAGAAGUUGGAAAAAAUUGCUGAUAGUAAAAUUCAGCAUAUUCUUAGAAUAAGCUUUGAUUCUCUUCAGGAUGACCAUGACAAAAGCCUAUUCCUUGAUAUAGCUUGUUUUUUCACCGGAAUGGUCAUAGAGUAUGCUAUUAGAAUACUGGAUGGCUGUGAUUUUUAUGCCAUACUUGGCAUUCAAAAUCUCAUUGAUAGAUGCCUAGUAACUGUCAAUGAAGAAAACAGGUUGAUGGUGCAUCAAUUACUUAGAGACAUGGGACGGCAAAUUGUUCGCGAAGAAUCACCUGAUGACCCUGGAAAACGUAGCAGACUGUGGGAUCCUAAGGAUGCAACCAUUGUAUUGCGAGAAAAUAUCGGUACGGAAUCAAUCAGGGGCCUCAGCCUCAACUUACCAAAGCUAACAGAAGACAAGCGCAGAAGGAAAAAUGCAUUUGCACUUCUCGCAAAACAAUAUGAUGAUGAAGAUUCUAAUGAAAAAUCAAGGUUGCCGGAUGAAGAAAAUAAUUUGAAAAGGCGUAGGCUUAGCAUCUUUUCAUGGCAACCAGCAAACACUGCUCCAAUACGUUCAUUUUCUACAUGGGCAUUUGAGAAGAUGGUAAGACUAAAAUUGCUCAACCUCAAUUAUGCAGAACUUAAUGGAGGCUACAAGGAAUUUCCCAGAAGUUUAGUAUGGUUGUGUUGGCGUGGAUUCCCUUUGAAAUCUAUACCAAUUGAUCUCUGCCUGGACAAGCUUGUUGUUCUUGAUAUGCGCAAUAGCAAAGUAAAAUAUCUAUGGAAGGGAAUCAGGUUUCUUGUAGAGCUGAAAAUACUUAACCUUAGUCAUUCCCAUGGCCUUGUUAGAACCCCUGACUUCAGAGGGCUCCCUAGUCUUGAGAAAUUGGCGCUCAAAGAUUGUACAAGCUUGGUUGAUAUUGAUGAAUCCAUUGGAGGCUUAGAGAGGCUUGUAAUAUUGAAUUUAAGAGACUGCAAAAGCCUCAAGAAGCUUCCAGAAGAAAUUACUAUGCUGGAAUCUCUUGAAGAACUUACCAUAUCAGGUUGCUCAAAUCUUUUUGAGCUACCGAAGGAGCUUGCUAAGUUGCAGUCGUUGAAGGUGCUCCAUGCAGACAGAAUUGCCAUAAACCAAGUGAACUCCAGCACUGGAGAUUUGAAGGAACUUGGUUUGUCAUUAUGGCAUUCAACCUCGUGGUCUUGGCUAUUGCAAAAAAGAUGGGCAAAAUCAACCAGUUUUUCAUUAUCCUUCCUACCUCACUUUUUAGUAAGCCUAAGUCUUGCAGACUGCAGCCUUUCAGAUACUGCUAUUCCUGGAGAUCUUAGCUGCCUGCCUUCCUUAGAGUACCUAAAUCUAAGUGGAAACCCAAUUCGUUGCCUACCAGAGAGCAUCAACAGCCUCAUUAUGCUCGAGUCCCUUGUCUUAGAUCGGUGUGUAAGUCUUCAAUCACUUCCUGAGCUUCCAACAAGUUUAAACUCUUUGAAGGCAGAAGACUGCACAUCAUUAGAAAGGAUUACAAAUCUGCCAAACUUGUUGAAAUCACUAGACUUGGAAAUUUUUGGUUGUGAAAAGCUGGUUGAGGUUCAAGGUUUAUUCAAAUUAGAACCACUAGGAAUCAACACAGAAAUACUCAAUAAUGUGGGAUUGUUCGAUUUGGAAUCUUUGAAAGGAAUUGAAGUGGAAAUGUCGAAUGCUCUGGCAUGCACAGAAAUGAAGACAAGUAUUCAGGUGCUGCAUGAAUGUGGAAUAUUCAGCAUAUUUCUUCCAGGAAGUAGAGUUCCAGAGUGUUUUAGACCAAAAACUGAGAGUCCUUCAAUAUCUUUUGACAUCCAACCAGUUCCUGGUCACAAGAUCAAAGGUCUGAGUUUAUGCAUUCUGUAUAUGAAUCUUGGAGAUGGUGGGCAUAUAGAUGACAAUUGCGCUAAAAUCAACAAUAAAACUAAGGGUGUAAAGUGGACAUAUAGCCCAACGUUCUAUGGGAUUCCAGAAGUGCCCCAAGAUAUGUUAUGGUUAAGCCACUGGACGUUUGGCGAUCAGCUGGAAGCGGGGGAUGAAGUGCACGUUAUAGCGGAGAUGGCAUCAGGUUUACAUGUAAAGGAGUGUGGGAUCCGCCUCAUAUACGAGAAAGAAAACAAGGAUGCCCCUGAAAUUGUCCAAAGCAGCAGUUCUCAGUACCCAACGAUGGGAGAUGCAGAUAUGUCAGCAUAUGAGUUGGGAACAGCUUCAUAUUUUCUUUGCCAUCACAAAUUUCAAACGCAUCAAGGAUCAGGAAGAUAUGACUGGGAUAAUUUGAGUGGCUAUGAGUACAUAUUCGAGGAGAGAAGGGAAGACCCUGAAACUGAUGAGAAUGAGGAGAAAAUGUUGGACACCGAAACUGAAAGUGGAACUGAAACUGAAAUUUGGACUUAGCCUCAAUGUCCUCGUUCAAUGAUGCUUGUAUUUCUGCACAAAAUAGAAAACCAUUGUAGAGACUCGAUGGACUGUUAAUAAGUCAUCUUUAUAAUCUUAGGUUCUUAUUGAAAGUAUAUUGUUCUUCAUUACAUCCAUUUACAUUAUCCAUUAUCAUUUUAUCAA